AUGAAGCGCAAACUGAACGAACACGACGUGCCGGAGGCGGUGACGGCAGCGCCGGUCAAACCUACCAUCCCAUCUUUCGAAGAUCUUGGAUUAGACCCCCGCCUUCUCCAAGGCAUCAUUCGGGAGAAGUGGUCCACACCAACGCCUGUGCAAGCCAAAGCCAUACCGCUUGCUCGCGAGGGCAAAGACAUACUUGCACGCUCUAAAACCGGCUCCGGAAAAACAGCAGCCUACCUCCUCCCGAUCCUCCACUCAAUCCUCGAGCGCAAGUCCUCGCCGUCAUACACAAAAUGCACCGCCGCCCUCAUACUCGUGCCGACAAGAGAGUUAGCGGCUCAGGUUACCAAAGCGGCAGACUCCUUCACAGCGUUCUGCGGCCAAGCCAUUCGCACCGAGAAUCUGACACGCAAGGAAGAUGACAAGGUGCAGCGCGCGCGGCUGGCGGACUUUCCCGAUGUCGUCGUUGCGACACCGGGACGGACAAUUGUGAACUUGAAUAGCGGCGCGCUGAAGCUCGACGGGCUGAGUCACUUGGUCAUCGAUGAGGCGGACUUAGUUUUAUCAUACGGCUAUGACGAGGACCUGGAGAACAUCUCGAGGGCGUUGUCAAAGGGUGUACAGACCUUCCUGGUCAGCGCGACGCUGCGGACAGAACUAGACACACUCAAGGGCCUAUUCUGCAAGGAUCCAGUCCUGCUGGAGCUGGAUGAGGAAGAGAAGGGCACGGGAGGGGUGAGCCAGUACGUGAUCAAGUGCGCAGAAGACGAGAAGUUCUUGCUCAUCUACGCCAUCUUCAUGUUAAAGCUCAUCAAGGGCAAAUGCAUCGUCUUUGUGGGGGAUAUCGAUCGCUGUUACCGGUUGAAGCUGUUUCUCGAGCAGUUUGGGAUCAAGAGUUGCGUGCUUAACAGCGAGCUCCCAGUCUCCUCCCGCCUGCACGUUGUGGAAGAGUUCAACAGGAAUGUUUACGACAUCAUCAUUGCGACGGAUGAGCAUGAGGUGCUGGGCGACGAAGGCAAGGGGAAGAAGCGGAAAAGCAAGGAGAAACAAGAUGAGGACGAGGGCGAGGAUGAGCAGAAAAUCCCAAUCACGGCAGAGGGCUCACGCAAAGCCGCCAAGCGCGACAAAGACUACGGCAUAUCCCGAGGCAUCGACUUCAAGCGCGUCUCCACGAUCCUGAACUUCGAUCUCCCUUCCUCCUCCAAAUCUUACACUCACCGCAUCGGCCGCACAGGCCGCGCAGGCCAAACCGGCACCGCCAUCUCCUUCAUUAUUCCCAAAGAUAAGUUCCGCAAGCACAAACCAACCUCCAUUCCGUCCGCCGAGCACGACGAAGAAGUCCUCGCGAAGAUCAUCAAGAGCCAAGAGAAAAAAGGCAAUAAAGUCCUCCCCUUCCAAUUCGACAUGGCCCGCCUCGAAGGCUUCCGCUACCGCAUGGCCGACGCCCUGCGGCACGUGACGCGGAUCGCAGUGCGCGAAGCGCGGACGCGGGAGCUGCGGAACGAGCUGCUGAAGAGCGAGAAGCUGAAGCGACAUUUUGAGGAAAACCCGGAGGAGCUGGCGCACCUGAGGCAUGACCAGGAGUCUCAUGUUGUGAGGACGCAGCCGCAUUUGAAGCAUGUCCCGGAUUAUUUGCUGCCGGGGGGACGGCAGAAGGUAGCGGAGGAUGUGGGGUUCGUGGGAUUUGCGAAGGAUGAGAGGAGUGGGAAUAGGAUUAGGAAGGCGAGGAUGCAGAAUAGGAUGAGGGAAAAAGGGAGGAAGGUUAGUACGAAGAGGGCGGAUCCGUUGAAGACGUUUAAUGCGAAGGGAAGGGGAUAG